UCAAAGAUGAAGUUUAUUUGUUUUACCGUCUUGAUUAUUUGUGGAAUUACUGAUUCAAGAUCAGAGCAGUAUGAAGUCGUGGGACCUGCAGAUACAGUAUUUGCUGUAGCUGGUGAAGAUGUGAUUCUGCCCUGUUCAGUUAAACCCAGCAUCAGUGUUGUGGACAUGAGAGUGGAGUGGUUUAGAUCUGAUCUGAAAAACUCAGUAGUGUAUCUCUAUGAGGAUCAUGAAGACAGAAACGCAGAGCAGACUGAGUCCUACAGAGGGAGAACAAAACUGAAUCAUGAAGAAUUACAGAGAGGAAACGCAUCACUCAAACUCUCAUAUGUCCAAAUAUCUGAUGAAGGACGUUAUAAGUGUUUUAUUCAGUCCAAAUCCUGGUAUGAUGAUGCUACUGUUGAUCUCAGUGUUGAAGCUGUAGGAAGUCCUCCAGUGAUCACUGUAGAUGGAUUUGAUGAUAUAGGAGGGCUUCGUUUACAAUGUGAAUCUGAAGGUUGGAACCCUGAACCUGAUCUUGAGUGGCUGAACAGUGAAGGAGUCAGCUUGAGUUCAGAAACUACAGAGACAAGCAGAAACACAGAUGGAUUCAGAGUCAAACACUCUAUCACUGUACAUAACAGUGUCGGCAAGGUUCACUGUAGAGUGAAACUGAGACAUCACAUUCUGGAGACACUGAUUAUCACCUCAAAUAAAAGGUUUAAUCCUUGGAGGACAUCAAUCAUUUUGAUUUCAGCUGUUGUUUUAUUCAUUGUGAUUGCUGGAAUGCUGAUAGCUUACACUUCAGCAGCUCUCUCUCCCAUUCACACUGAUAAGUUCCCCCUGGGCGUUUCUCACUAUGAGAGUGUCUUCAUGAAAGUCAGAGAGGCCACCCUUGCCCCUCUAAAGAAAGUGGGAAUGUGCAUCCUCAACUACAUUGACAACUGGGUGAUUAUAGCUCAGUCGUGGGAAUUGGUGUGCUUACACAGGAACCAGUCCUUUAGCACCUAG